AUGUGGGUGGCCCCCGAGGGGGCUGAAGCAGCCCUGGCUUUUCUCUACUCUGGGGAUGCUCGACGGCUGUUGGGGGCUAAUUGCAGUGAGCGCUACGAAGCCCAAGGGGCAGAAGCCAGUCCAGGGCUUCCCCCGAUCUUAGGGAGGGCAGCGGGCACCCUCACUCAGGCCGCCAAUUUCCUCAACAUGCUGCUACAAGCCAACGACAUCCGCGAGUCCAGCGUGGAGGAGGAUGUGGAGUGGUACCAGGCGCUGGUCCGCAGCAUGGCCGAGGGGGACCCAAGGGCAUACCGGGCUUUGCUGACCUUUAACCCUCCGCCAGGAGCCAGCCACCUGCAGCUGGCCCUGCAGGCCACCCGAAUGGGGGAGGAGACCAUCCUUCGGGACUUGUCUGGGAAUGGGGUACCGGAAGAGAGCUUCCCCGGGGCCCUGGACACCCCUGCCCUGCAGAAGCGGGUGCUGACCAAUGACCUAGGGAGCCUCGGAAGCCCCAAGUGGCCACGGGGAGACGGGUAUCUGGGGGACAUGCAGCAUGUCAGGCUGUCGCCCCCCUUCCUGGAAUGCCAGGAGGGCCGGCUCCGUCCAGGCUGGCUUCUCACUCUCUCGGCCACCUUCUAUGGACUCAAGCCAGACCUCAGCCCGGAGGUCAGGGGGCAGGUGCAGAUGGACAUAGAUCUUCAGAUGGUGGACAUCAAUCAGUGUGCCAGCGGCCCAGGAUGGUACUCUAACACGCACCUGUGUGAUCUCAACAGCACCCAGUGCAUCCCUCUGGAGAGUCAGGGCUUUGUCCUUGGCCGCUACCUCUGCCGCUGCCAACCUGGCUUCUACGGGGCAAGCCUCGCCUGGGGGUUGGAGGAGAAUGCCACCCCGCCUACCGGGCAAUUUGGGUCCCCGCAAGGCAGCUCCGGAAGGCUGCUUCAGUGCCAGCCUUGUGCUGAGGGCUGCACCAGCUGCAUGGACGCCACACCAUGCCUGGUAGAGGAGGCCCUGGCCUUGCGGGCAGCAGUGUUGGCCUGCCAGGCCUGCUGCAUGUUGACUGUCUUCCUGAGCAUGCUGGUCUCCUACCGCUGCCGCCGGAGCAAGAGGAUCCGGGCAUCUGGAGUUGUCCUGCUGGAAACCAUCCUUUUUGGAUCCCUGCUGCUUUACUUCCCUGUCUUCAUCCUGUACUUCAAGCCCAGUGUAUUCCGCUGCAUCGCUCUCCGCUGGGUCCGGCUGCUGGGUUUUGCCAUUGUCUACGGCACCAUUAUACUCAAGCUUUACAGAGUGCUCCAGCUGUUUCUGUCUCGAACGGCCCAGCGGGGCCCCCAUCCAAGCAGCGGGCAGCAGCUUCGGCGCCUGGGGCUGCUCCUGCUGCUGGUGCUGGGCUUCCUGGCGGUGUGGACAGUGAGGGUCCUGGAGCGAGGCGGGCUGCACACGCCCCUGGUGACCCGGGGCCACACUCGCACGGGCCGCCACUUCUACCUCUGCCAUCACGACCGCUGGGACUACACCAUGGCUGUUGCCGAGAUGCUGCUCCUGUGCUGGGGCAGCUUCCUCUGCUACGCCACGCGGGCGGUGCCCUCCGCCUUCCACGAGCCGCGCUACAUGGGCAUCGCCCUGCACAACGAGCUGCUGCUCUCUGCUGCCUUCUAUGCAGCCAGGUUUGUGCUGGUUCCCUCCCUGCACCCGGACGGGACCCUCCUCCUCUUCUUCUUCCACACCCACAGCACAGUCACCGCCACCCUGGCUCUGCUCUUCAUCCCUAAGUUCUGGAAGCCGGGGGCUCCUCCCCGAGAGGAGAUGGUGGAUGAGGAGUAUGAGGACGAGCUGGACCUGCAGCGCUCAGGCUCCUACUUCAACAGCAGCACCGUCUCAGCCUGGAGCGAGCGCAGCCUGGACCCUGGAGACAUUCGGGAUGAGCUGAAGAAGCUCUACGCCCAGCUAGAGGUCCACAAGACCAAGGAAAUGGCUGCUAACAACCCCCACCUGCCCAAGAAGCGGGGCAACGCGUGCCCGGGCCUGGGCCGCUCCUUCGUGAGGUACCUGGCUGAGUUCCCCGAGGCCCUGGCCCGGCAGCACUCCCGGGACUCAGGCUCCCCAGGCCGCAGCAGCCUGCCCAGCUCCUCCCGCCGCAGGCUCCUCAGCUCCAGCCUCCAAGAACCCGAGGGGCCAGGGGCCCUGCGCAAGUCCCGCAGCACCUACGACCACAACCACUGCGGGGAGCAGGACCCACCCCUCCUCGACUCACUGCUGAGGAGGAAGCUGGCCAAGAGGGCCUCCCGGGCAGAGAGCCGGGAGUUGGCAGAGGGGCCUCCUGCCCUGGGCUUUAGGUCGGCCAGUGCCCACAACCUGACGGUGGGAGAGAGGCUCCCCAGAGCCCGGCCUGCCUCCCUGCAUAAGUCGCUCAGCGUCAUGGCUGGCUCCGGGGAAAAGGCCCUGCUGGUGGCCAGCCAGGCCUAUCUGGAGGAGACCUACCGGCAGGCAAAGGAACGAGAGGAGAGGAAGAAGGCAGAGGCGAGCCCAGUUCGGAGGCCAUCGGCCAGGAGGCUGGAGGGAGCCCGAGGGGCCCCUCUGUCAGCCCCACCUUCCCCUGCCAAGAGCAGCGGCAGCAUGGACAGCUCCUAUGCCCCUGGGAAGCUUCAGGGGGCGGCUGCCCGAAGGCUGCCUCACCCCCCCAUCCAGCACCAGGUCUCCACGCCCAUCAUGGCCCUGUCUGGGGCCUGCGGGGGAGAGCCAAGGAUGCUGUCUCCCACUUCCGCCUUGGCUCCAGCUCUCAUACCAGGUCCAGCCCCGGUUCUGGCUCCAGGCUCUGCCCUGGCGGCAGUCCCAAUACUCGCCCAAAGCCCCAGCUUACUCACCUUCAUCUGCCCUUGGGAGAAUGCAGAGCUGCCAGUCAAGAAAGACAACGUGGCUCAGGAAGGCCCCUCAGGCCCAGAGCGAGGCCACCACUCCCCUGCCCCAGCUCGGGCCAGGCUCUGGAGGGCCCUCUCUGUAGCAGUAGAGAAAAAGGGUGCUGGGGAGAAUGGGAUGGACACGGAGGACAGGCAUCUCCAGGGGGAAGCUGAUGAUGUGGACGAGGACAGGCCCAAGAUCUUUUCCAAAUCCCACAGCCUCAAGACCCCUGUCCAGCAGGGUUCCGUGCGCAGCCUGGGCCUGGCUAUCAAAGCUCUGACCCGUUCCCGGAGCACACACAGGGAAAGGGGGAGGGGGGAAGGGAGUCCUGAGAAGGACAAGGGCCGAGCUUCAGUAGAGGGGGUGGGGGCAUGCCCCAGGUCCCCCAGGCUGGGCGGGCGCAAGGUGGUGAGUAAGCAGGCGGCCCUCGCCCCCUGCGAAGAUGAGGAGUCCCUCCAGAACCAACAGAAUGCACACACCAGCAGAAUGCUCCACGUCUGUCACCAGGAGGGCAGCAAGGAACAAGAAGACAGAGGCAGGAGGACAGCUCAGGGCCAAGGGGAGGGGGGUGUGGAGAGAGCAGGUGGAACAGGGCCUGCCACACGGGGGCAAGUCAGGCAGGGCACCGUUGGGAACAAAAGUGCUGAGCAAGCAAGAGAAGCCCCUGCAGGGAGGCAGGAGCUGCCCAGAGCCGGCCUCCAGCCCCUGGGCAGUGCUGGCUGCAGGGUGGCGGAGGUUUGCCCCUGGGAAGUCCCCGAGUCAGACACAAGUCUGCCUGACAGCAACAAGGCUGAAAUCUGCCCCUGGGAGGUGAGCGGAGGCCCGGAGAGGGGGGCAUUAAGACAAGAUCUGGCUGACUCCCGAGGAGGGAGGGGGAAAGCCCCAGAAGAAUCCGAGCCUAAAGGUGUGGCUGCCCUGGCUCGGAAGAAGCCAGAGAGGCUGGUCAGGGGGCAGGAGGCAGUGUGUCCCUGGGAGGAUGCCCAUCCCAGGGACCUGUCCCCUCAGGACUCUGAGAGAACCGAGGGCAGGUCUGAGGCAGGGGGCAGUAUGGAGGCUAAAGAGGUGGAAAAGUGUCCGCAGGAAGUCACAGGCCCAGAAGCGCGUGCACCUGACAUGGCCAAGGCAGAGCUCUGUCCCUGGGAGGCAAGGGGAGGAGGAGAGAACGAGAAACCAUCUCAGGAGGGAGUGAAGAAGCUCUCCCAGGAAAAGCAGAAAAGUCCCAAGAAAGCAGCCUCCGGGAAAGAACAGAAACUGGGCAGAGACCUGGAGUCUCUCUGCUCGUGGGAGAGGACUGAUUUCCGUGGCCCCUUAGCAAUUGCGACGGAGGCCCCAGGAACUCCCGGGUGCUUGGGGAGCGUUGCGGAGGUGUGUCCCUGGGAGGCAGGAGAGGCUCCUGCGAUCAGGAAAGCAGAGAUUUGUCCCUGGGAGCUGGGUGAUGAGGACGUGGGGAAGGAAAUGCUACGUCAGGGGACCGGUGGAGACUCUGCCCAAGAAGAGGGUCAAGCCUCCAGAAACGGGCUCUUUGGGGAGGUAGGGGGACAGACUGGGAAAGCAGUGCAGACAUCCGGUCCACAGCAGGAGUCGCUGUGUCCCGGGGAGAGCACAGCCCCUGGGCACUCCAGCCCAUGUCUGGACAAUUCCUCCUCCAGAGCUGGUGGCCAACUCCCCAGCAAGGGAGGAAGCAGAGCCACGCAGCUGUGCCCACGGGAAGACCUCGAGCCAGAGGGAAAGGCAGUACCACCUGCCAAGGCAGAAAUCUGUCCCUGGGAGGUAAGUGAAGCAACAGAGGACUGGACAUCAGGACAGGCACCCAGAGGAGGAGAAUCUCAAAAGGACAAGGAGCAAAUGCCUGAAACACCAGGAAUCAAAGAGGUCACCGCGUGGGAGAAGCCUGAGGGACAGCUCCAAAAGCGGGAAGUAGUCUGUCCUUGGGAGGGUGUGGACCCUGGCAGAUUCCACCCACAACCGGGUCCUCAAGACACAGACAGACCCAAAGCCGGUUUCCAGGUGUCAGGCGGUGUGGGAAGCAAAACUGCCGAAAUCUGCCCGUGGGACGUGGAGGACACCCUGUCUGCUGAGAAGGCAGAGAUCUGUCCCUGGGAGGUGAGCGCUGGAGCAGGGGAGGAGCAAGCUCUGGGAGGUGAGGCCAUUAGGAAACUGCCAAGCAUUACAGGAAAGGGUUCUGCAGAUCCUGGGCCUGGUGAGGUAGCUCUUACUGCUCCAAAGAAGCCAGAGAGGCCAGCUGGGGAGCAGGAGGUGGCCUGUCCCCGGGCAAGCCUGGAUCCAGGCAGCUCCUCUCAGCAUUCAGACCCUGUGGAUACUGACAGACCAAAAGCUGGAUUCCAGGAACUGGAUCAUGUGGGGAGCAGGCCAGCUGAGGUGUGUCCCUGGGAAGUAGAGGAAGCAUCCACCAAUGACAGAGCCAAGAUCUGUCCCUGGGGAAUGAAUGGAGGAGCUACUGGGAAGGGACUGGAACGAGAGAUGGGGAGUGAUUUAGCAGAGCAGAGGGAGAAAACUCCAGAAAGGGGGAGACUCACCUCCCUGCAAGAAGACAAAUCAAAAAGAGAGACAAAACUGAGUCAAGAGCAAGAAGCUACUUGUCCUUGGGAGAAGGACCUGAGGGACCCCUCUGCUCAGGCCCCGAAGGCCUCAGACUCAGCCAGCAGCAUGAGUAGGGGGGUGGCGGAGGAGCAUGCCCUGGAAGUCAAUGAGGAGGUAGCGGAGAAAGGAGACCUGAUACAAGACCCCAAAACGGGUUCCCUCCAAGCACUCCUAACCCAAGGAAAAGCUCCAUCUUCAAAGGCAGAAGCCACGACUGAAGGUGGGGAAAAAGCAAACAAGGAGCUACAGUCUAUCUGUCCAUGGGAGAGCGUGGCCCCGGCCAUCUUUUCCUCCAGCCCCGAAAGGCAGUGCCCUGACCAACCGAAAACCGGCUCUCAGAGACUGGUCAGUGUUGGGGGCAGGCACGCUGAGGUGUGCCCCUGGGAUGCUCCUGCCUCAAAGGCUCAUCAGCCUGACAGCAGCAUCAAAGCAGAGGUCUGUCCCUGGGAGGUGGCUGAAAGAAUCCCUGAAGAAGGGGUGUCCACACCGAGCGGAAAAGGGGAACCUCAAGAGGAGGGGGAAGCUCCAGAAAAACCAGAAGCUGAAGUUGGGGCAGUUGAGGAAAAGCCAGAGAGGGCAGACAGGAAGCAGGAGGCUGUGUGUCCCUGGGAGAGUCAAGACAGUGGAGGUCUGUCUCCACCACCAGCCCCACAAGCUUCUGACAGGAGCAAAGGCACUUCGGAGGCAGCCGGCAGAGUGGAGGCCAGGCUAGCAGAAGUGUGUCCAUGGGAAGCGGUCGAGGUUCCCUCUGCCAAGAGAGCAGAGAUCUGCCCUUGGGAGAUGAGUACAGCAGCCGCAGAGGAAGAGGGCCCAGAACAGGAGGUGGACAGAGCACCCCAAGGGCAAGGAGAGGUGUUCCUUCAAAAGGCAGGGUCUGGCGGGACUAGAGAACACUUUUCAAAAGCAGCAGCAAAAGGCAGCCGAGAGCAGGAGACAGUCUGCCCCUGGGCAGGCAUGGAUUCGGGGGGACUCUUCCCCCAGCCAGAUGCUCUGGACACUGACCAAGCCCAAGUCAGUCCCCAUGGAGCAAGUAGUGUGAGGGGCAGGAUGGCAGAGCUGUAUCAAUGGGAAGUCACAGAUCCAGAAGGAAAUAAAAUAAAGGGCACCAUGGCAGACAUCUGUCCUUGGGAGGCAACUGGAGCCCCAUCUGAGGAGCCUGGCCUCCCGGCUUUAACAGCAACGCAGACAGAAACAUUUUCCCCCAGAGGCCCUGAGAACCCACCAGGCCUUUCCAUCCAGAGGCCUCUGGGUAGCUUCCUUCCGGAAAGCAAGUGCUCCCGCCCCCAAAUGAGCCAGCCAGCCAGCUCUUUUACUCUGGAAGGCGGCACAGAAUUCCAAGGGCCUUCAGGGCUCGGGCCAAGAACCAGCUUAGCUCCAGGGCCAACUCUCCAAGAAGCUGCGGCUCAGAAUUCUUCUUCCCUAACUGAAGACCAAGGAGAAGUGGCUUCCCAAGAUCCACCUGAAGAACUCGUCCCUCCAACUGUCUAUCCUUGGGAUUGGGAGUAACAAUUCCGUUUAAACUCGUGUGAGGUCAAACAUCGGGUGGCUGGCUUUCAGGAGCCAAAGUCCUGUUCAAGUCCUAGGUGUCCCCGAAGAGCUGAAACAAAGACCCUUGAUCACCCCUUUCCAGGAAAGCCAGAAGUCAAUUCACUCAAAGACAAAUUGUACAGGAAGGGUGCAGCUCAAAUCCCUACAGGAAGUUGUACCCUCUCUUUAUCUCCAAUUCUUCCUCCUGUAGCGAACAAAGGCCAGACCCUCUGCUCCUAAUGAAUCCUCCUUUCCAGCUAGAGUACGCAACACAAGCCAUCUGUGUGUAGACACUCACUUGAAAGCCAAGGUUAGGGAUGAAAGGAAAUCAGUAGUGCCCGCCCACAUUUUCUCAUGGGGAGACCCUAGUCUUCUCUGAAGUCUACAAAGGACCUUUUUGUUUUAAAGAAGAAACGAAACCAAACAAGGUGCUGACUGUACAGGGGCUGAGGGUUACAGAAGGCUAUCCAGGUCACCAUAGGAAGCUUAAGAAGCCACUUAAUUGAAGUUCAAAGAUAAAUAAGAGGAAAAACCUAAAUGGCUCAAAGGAGGUGCCUGAAAGGCCUUAAGACCUUGUCAUUUUGACUUUGGAUCUCCAGUUUCGGCUUAAUCGAUCUUCAGACCUGCCUUGUUUACUAACGAAGCAGAGCCAACCGAGCACUCUUACAUCCAUAUCAUUUGCCAUCCAAAGCAAUAUCAGAGAUGGAGCAGAGAAGGAAAGGCAAUAGCUCCAGGUCCUCCCCAUGUGGGCCAAGGUCGAGUUCUCCCUUCUAGACACCGUGUCUCCCAGGUUAGCUUUUUCAGAUGGCCCCUUCUUCCUGCCCCAUCUUUUGCCAGUCUAGAGUUCAUCUCACUGGCUCAUUCUCCCUCUCCUAGCCUUUCAGUGCUGUCAUCAAAGGGACCCCUCUCUGUUGUCAAUGCAACUGGAGCCAGAGGGAGUCUCUGGUUCUGAUGCAAGAACCACUCCAAAUCACUUGCUCAGUAACAAGAGGCCCACAUCAGUCUCCUUCCUGAGAAGCCUGAGAAAGAAAGGAGGUCCUGUUUGCAGCCAGCACUAUAAACUGCCCCCAGAAAGAGUAGUGCUACAGAGGAGGUGAGAGGCCUGAGGGCUGGGGAAAGGGCAUCGUGUAAAUACAAAGCCUUCUUUCUUAGGGAGCUCUCUUGUUCUUAGCUCAGCUCUAUUCUCUUAAGUCAGUUCAGGCUCCUCUUUCUUAAGCAAUCCUAGAUAACAGAGUGCUGGAAUUAGAUGAUACUACCAGAGGGAAAUGAGGAAAGAGAAAAACAUUGGUCAAAGAAGUCCCAGGAUUGGCAGUGGUGAGUGAGGGUAGAAACAUGCAGGCUAAACAUGGCAGAACUGGGCAAUGUUAACUAAACAGAUACUGAUACCAUUCACAAGGAGGAAAGGCAAAAUAAGACCAAAUACCCAACGGGGAAGAAAUGAGUCUGCAUGUGAAUACUCUGGGCAGAUACAGCAAGUCACAGAAAAAGUAGCUACAUUUCCAAAAAGGAGGAAAAUGAAUGGAGUAACCCACAUUUUAGGAACUAAAUACCCUAGUUCUCCUAUCUACAGAAGUAUUUGAUGUGUGUUGUUGCUCUGGGCUCUGGCUGGUUAACCCCACAGCUUCUGAACCAAUGCAUAUUUUGCUAACUGCGCACCUCAGAACAAUCCCAUUGGGUCUGGUCUAGCUGGGAACAAAAAUAUUGUCUCUAUACCCACUGCUGUGAAAUAAACCAUAUAGAAAAAAAUAAAGAAUGCUUUUCCUUGGCAGUUGGUUGUAGCUUUAUUCAUUAUGGUGGUUUUCUUUUUUCAAUGUUUUUAAACAAGAAAAGGAAUUAAAUCAAUGCCUGCUCUAAAGCCCAAGGUAACAACACUGCAGCCUUCAGGACUUCCACUCUGUGGCUGGCACUGCAGAUGGGCUCUGCCUGGUCUUUCUAGCCAAUCCUUCACAUCUGGGCCAUUCGCUCAUCUGGAUUUGAUCCCAAGGGGAAAUGAAAACUGCACUUAUCCUCUGGCUCCCUGUGGCAGCUACUGCUUAGCUGCUGUUUAGGAUUAUCUAGAGACCCCGGAGACAGAUCUGGGGAGUGGGGUGAAAUAGCUUAUUUAAAGCACUGUUUUCGCAUAUUCAGAGAAUCAAUGUAUCAUUUGCCCAGUAAGUGUGCUUUGUUUCUCUGCUUCCCUACCCAACCUGGGUUACCUCCCCUUAUUCCUCCUGGCUGUGGAUCCUGCUCAAAGCACUUCCCAUCUCAUUUUGCCUUAAUCUGGGGAUCACACAAAUAGGAUAUGACCAAACCUUACAUGGGCUGCAAAAUGAUGUACAUUUUAAGCCAAAGAGGUUGAAACUAAGUAGCAUGAUGAGAGUGGCUGUUUUGGAUUAACCCAUCAAUGCUGCCUCUUCCCUAAGCCUCCACAUCUUGUUUCCAUAGCCAGCACUCAGCAGCUGUUGCAAAAACAACCAUCUUCCCCGGUGAGGCGUGGUCGGUUUGCUGCUUUGCUGAGACGGUAGCGUUAGAAGGACUGAGGAGUUAGAUUAUUCUCAACCGAUUCCAGUUUAUUUGGAUUCUACUCUCAGGUCAAGGUCAGAACAGAUUAAUCCUUACCCUAACUUACAGACUCCUUAAAAGAAAAUUCUAGGCUUGAAAAAUACAAAGUAUGAGAAUUAAGGUCCUGUUUUUCCAGGGAAGGCCACACUGGGCUGACGAAGCAAUAGUACUAUAAGCCAAGCUUGCUGCUGGGUACAGACUGAUUUCCCUUGUCAUUAACUUCCAACGACACAGGACACCUGGGCAGUCCCACUUCUUCCUCCUGACAGUCCAGCUGGAGCUAAGGAACAAGAAGGGGCUGGGUUGUUUCACUCUACACAGGCCCAUAGUCUGGUGCCUUUGCUUUCCCAGGGUUGGGCUGAAAAUAGUCGCCUACUCUAAAAGGCGAUCAAAGUCAGGGAACCACGUUUUACAGAUGGACUACCCCAAUGUACGAACUUCCCCCACGCUUCCUGGGAUCAUACCAGGGCACAGCUGAUAAUUAGGAACACGUUCCAAAGGCUGAGAAAUGAUUUCUUUGGAUUUACAUUCUUCUGUGAAAUACGAAUGCUGAUUCAGUGAGUCAGUGUAUGAGAAAAGAUCCUCUUAAAUGAUACCAUCUCUUAUAAACACUAAUUAUUUUUCCCAAGUCUGGAUUUCCUGGAAGUCACAUCACUCACAAUUAAGCCUGUUUUCCAUUACUGCCAUUUGAAGGCUGGUCUACUUCUAGCCUGAA